AUGGAGCCUCCACAAGCCGGCCUGGACCUGGAAAAGGAGCUGACGUGCUCGAUCUGCACGGAGCUCCUAUACCGACCUUUGACCCUUCUUGACUGCCUUCACACCUUUUGCGGCGCCUGUCUCAAGGAAUGGUUCUCCUUUCAAGCCACGACGGCCGAGCGAUCGCCAAACCCGCCAGUUCCCGGUGCCAACAUCUUUACUUGCCCAUCAUGUCGAGCCGCCGUUCGAGAUACCGCGCACAAUGCCACCGUUGUGACGCUCCUGGACAUGUACAUCGCUGCGAAUCCGGAUAAGGAUCGGUCGGCCGCGGAGAAGGAGGAGAUGGCCAAGAAGUACAAGCCUGGCGACCAGGUGCUGCCCAAAGUAAACACCCAUAGAACGGCCGAAGAGCGGCGCGCAGACGAAGAGGAUAGAAGGUUGGUGGACGAGGUUAGAGAGCUGAGUCUGCAGGAAUCCGGAAUAUCAUCUGGACCCCCAAGGACACGACGUAGACGUGAGAGUCGCUCUGCGGAUGAUAGAGGCAGGUCGGGCAGAGAUCGGAGCUUGGACAGCCGCCAGCGUCGACCAGGACAUCGCCCUCGCACAGACGACGGAGCCCGUCACAGCGCCGACCAGCUGUCCGAGGGUGAACGAAGACAUCGACGAAGCGACUCGAGGCAGCGCCAGAUUGAGCAUCAGUCAUCCAUCAGGUCGCUCAUCAGCUCAGCCGACAUGAGCGAGCGAGACAUUGAGAGAGAAAUCGAGGACUUUGCCAGGCAGAUUCAGGAGGAAGGCCUUCUUGACGGACUUGAUUUGGAUAGUAUCGACUUGAGUCGUGAUGACGAGCUCAGUAGGCGCAUCACCGAGGCGUACCGACGACGACAGAGGGAACGCGCGCGAGACACAUCGCGGAGGAACAACGGAAGUAGUUAUCAGUCAUCAUCACGGCACACAGAGCCUGGGCAGCCGGACUCCCGCAUGCUGGCCCCGGACGGAAACAGGGCACCCAGAGGAAGACCCCGUCCUCAUUCCAGAUCAACAAGCGCAGCCAGUGCAGCCAGCGCUGCCAGCCAGACCGAGGAGCGAAGUCGACCACCGCCAUCCAACCCUUCAGCAAAUCUUGAGGUACAGGACACAGGUCGACGGACAAGGCGCAGGACCGCCAGCGGAAGCCGUAGUGCUACUGCACCGGUCUUUCCAACUACCAGCGAGGCCAGGCCUGCUGCCCGAUCUUCAACUGAUCUCACGUUGAGAUCUCAAACCUCGGAUCCGACUCAAUCUCGACCUAGCUUCAGUGAGGGACGUAGCACCAGCACUCCUAUUCACCAUGGACCGUUCCCUAACCCAUCCGAAGCUGCGGCGUCGACGGGCAACAAUGGAAACCUGUCUUUUGCCAACCGGCAAGGAAACACAUCAACCACCUCAGGUGCAGCGCAGUCUUCAACUGGCCACGCCGAACAAACAGCAGGACGCAGUAGUCGUUCCCGUCCUGCAGACCUCGCGAUUGUUCACCAGACGGUGGCCAGUCCAGUCAGUAGCCCAACUGUCUCGGGACAGGGACAUCAGAGAACCAGAUCUCAACUAUUUCCCGAGCCAUCCAUCAGCUGUGCUCGAUGCAACAAACCACACAUUGAGUAUGAGCUUCACUACAACUGUUCCAUCUGCGCCAGCGGCCAGUGGAACAUGUGCCUCGACUGCUACCGAGCAGGCAAAGGUUGUCUUUACUGGUUUGGAUUUGGUUACGGUGCCUGGUCCAAAUGGGAAAAAACACGCCAACAGAAAGGAGAUCCCUCAAUGGCAAGGCCACACCUGCUCACAGCAAGUCGGUAUCGACCUCCUCGCGCUACUCCCGGCGGCGCAGAUGGUCGGAAAACCAUGACGACCGACGAUCCCCGGAAUCGACUGGAGAGUGGCACAUUUUGUGCCAGAUGUUCUGCCUGGACAAAUGAGUGUUACUGGCGCUGCGAUGUUUGCAACGAAGGAGAUUGGGGUUUCUGCAACAACUGCGUGAAUCAAGGGAGAUCAUGCACGCAUACUCUGCUGCCAUUAGCUCAUGAAGCAACACAGCCAGCUCAAAGCAGAUCAGGAAGCCCGCCAAGAUCACCAGGGAGACCUCCAGCAGCAACCAUCUUCAAAGGACCCAACGCGUCAAACGCUGGCCCCUUCAAGCCCCUGACAUUUGCGACACGAUGCGAUAUCUGUCAGGAUCCUAUUCUCCCGAACAAGGCAAGGUAUCACUGCUAUCAAUGCACAAGCUCUCUCGUUCCAGAUGCGGCACCAGGCGAUUACGAUAUUUGCGCAUCUUGCUAUGGCACUCUCGUCACUCAGCGUCAGAUCAGCCCCGAGAACGGUCACGCCGGGUGGAGGAGGUGUCUUCACGGUCACAGAAUGGUAGUUGUUGGAUUCACUGACGGAAAGAUCGGGCAGUGGAGGUACAUCGCUCAGGACCUAGUUGGAGGUCGUGGCCUACGAUUCGAGCCAGCCGACAAGCCGGAACAUCGUGAGAAGGGACUUCAGAAAUGGGUAUGGCAACGCGGCGAUCAGACAGCAGCUCGUCUCGUCACCAGGGACGUAUCAGAAACAGCACCCUCCAGCGACGGCUCGACAAACUUUACACAGAGCUUCCCUCCGGAUGGCGGGGUAGGCAUGAAGGCGAGCGCGAGGUGGGGAUGGUAUCCCAAGUCGGGAGCAGACGACGAGCUCCUCUUCCCUCGGGGGGCAGAAAUCAAAGAAAUUGAAGACGUGAACGGAGAUUGGUACUUUGGGACAUAUAUGGGCUCUCGGGGACUGUUCCCAGCGCCCUGCCCGCCGGUUGCGGCCCCACCACAUCUAGACGCUUUCCCUUCUUACCAAGCCAAAACCCUCCACAAAGCAACCUCGCUCGCCUGGGACUCUUUCGUUUCUGUUGCUCUGUCAAUUGACCUCUUCCGAAGCUCGCGAUCCUCUUGCUCCGUCCCAAUGUUCCGUCACAGCGUCCGGCGGCUCGCCGUUGCUGCCGCAAAGGCUGCUGAGCCUAGCGCCCACACCAUCGCCGUGUCCCAGGCCCAGGGCGUUUCUCGGGGUCUUACCGGAGCCAUCGGAAACACCCCCCUCAUCCGCCUCAACCACCUCUCCGAAGAGACGGGCUGCGAGAUCCUCGGCAAGGCCGAGUUCAUGAACCCCGGUGGCUCGGUCAAGGAUCGUGCCGCCCUCUACGUGGUCAAGGACGCCGAGGAGCGCGGCCUGCUCAAGCCCGGCGGCACUGUGGUCGAGGGCACCGCCGGAAACACGGGCAUCGGUCUCGCCCACGUCUGCCGGUCGCGGGGUUACAAGCUCGUCAUCUACAUGCCCAACACGCAGUCACAGGGCAAGAUCGACCUCCUCCGGCUCCUCGGCGCAGAGGUCUAUCCCGUCCCCGCCGUCGCCUUUGAUAACCCCGAGAACUACAACCACCAGGCCCGCCGCCACGCCGAGCGACUUGACAACGCCGUCUGGACGAACCAGUUCGACAACACUGCCAACCGCCGGGCGCACAUUGAGACUACAGGACCUGAGAUCUGGGCUCAGACGCAGGGCAAGGUCGAUGCUUUCACUUGCGCUACCGGUACCGCUGGCACUCUGGCCGGUAUCACUCGGUAUCUCAAGGAGGUUUCAAACGGCCGGGUGAAGAGCUUCCUCGCCGAUCCUCCUGGCAGUGUUCUGCACUCGUACAUCUCUUCAGGCGGCAAGCUCAUUGAGCGCACGGGGUCCAGUAUCACUGAGGGCAUCGGCCAGGGCCGCAUCACGGACAACCUCCAGCCCGAUAUCGGUCUCGUGGACGGCUCCCUGACCAUCGCCGACGAGAAGAGUAUUGAGAUGGUGUACCGCUGCCUUGACGAGGAGGGCCUGUACCUGGGCGCCAGCUCGUCGCUCAACGUGGUGGCGGCCAAGGAGGUGGCCCAGAAGCUGGGCAAGGGCCACACCGUCGUCACGGUUCUCUGCGACGGCGCCUACAGAUACGCCGACCGGUUGUUCUCGCGCAAGUGGCUGACGGAGAAGAAGCUCCUGGGGGCCAUCCCCAAGCACCUGGAGAAGUACAUUGUUCUACCAUAG